UGGCUUCAAAAGAUGACGCCACACUCGUCACCCGACAUCCGGUUUAAUAUCGUGUAUGACUGAGAGUAACCGCUGGGCGGAGCUACAGCUCUGAUUUAAUCCGGAGGUCACUCUGAAAGUCCAGGAAAGACAAUCAAACCGGUCAGGUGACGUCACUACCAUGGCAACAACAUGUUGACCUAAGUGAGUGACCGCAAGAAACUUCCCGAAUCUGUGGAAAAAUCGCCCACAUGUGCGUGAGAGUGGAGAUGGGGGAGGGGUGUGUGAGAGUGGAUCCUGGCUGUCUGAAGUUUCCCGGUUCCUCCUCCAUUCCCUCCAAAUACCAAACUGUGAUCAUCAGUAAUGUAGAGAGGAAAGGAUUCAGCUCUCAGGCCAAGCGCUUCACAUACUACUCUCUGAAUGAGAAUCCGGGUCCAGGCUCGUAUUUGUCCCAUGCGUCCGCCGACUCCUGCAGUCCAUCCUUCUCCAAGAAAGGAACCGGAGGUUUUGCAUCAAAGGGUCUCAGAGUCAGCCGUAAACCACACACACCUACGUCUCCGGCCCCCAACACCUACAACCUCCAGAGCUCACUGCUCCGACAGCACGACUUCAACAGGGACGUUUCCAGAACCUUCCACCUGCCCAUCGCCGUCCAGUCACCAAACACACCGCAGACAUCACCAGCACCGAACCAGUACCAGGUGUGUUACAGUGGAGUGGAGGUGAACUCAGUGGUAUCAGCUCAGGCUGCUUUUCUCUCUAAAACAAAACGCAGUGAUGUUUAUCCUCCUGCAGCCAGAGGACCAUCUCCAUGUCACUACAAUGUGAAGGACACAGUGAUACAGAAAACCCCUAUAGUACCCUUGUCCUGCUUCAAGUCUACUUCUGCCAGGAUUCAGACUCCGGUAUGGAGCGAAGGCCCGGGUCCAGGAUCCUACAGUCCUUAUAAAACUCCAGAUCCUGUCAAGAGGACCAUCAUACCGAGAAGGCAUUAUUUAGGACUCUCAGCUCCUCCUCUGAUUCCUCCUAAAGCCCCCCCACUGCCCGGACCAGGUCAGUAUGACAUUGUGAACUACACCGGACCUCAUAAACACCUCAUGGCCAGUGCUGCGUUCAAGUCCAGCACACUCAGAGAGCCACACCACACCAGAGGACACGGCGUCCCAGGCCCAGGCUCCUACGAGCCAGACAUCCCUACAAAGCGUUCGUUCCUGUUCAAUCACGCAAACUUGUGGAUCCCAGGGUAGAGACAAGCUUUCAGGAGAAAGACGUUACAGCACUGCAGUCUCUAUUUAUGGAAUACAGACUUUACAGAAAAGACUUAAAAAAUAAAAUGUUGGAGCUGUAUUUGGGAAUGUUCCAUGAAUUUAGUACCCAUAAACAUCUUAUAUUGUAAUGUACUAUAAUGUUAUUAUGUAUGACUAUUUAUCACAAUCCAUUUUCAUGUGUUUAAGAGGAUGAGGAAAUGGUGACUUUAGUUAAUAUUAAAAAGGCAUUUUGCCUAAUGAACAGCUGACUGACUGAGUAACUGACUGACCAUUUAACUGAGUAUCUAAGUAACUGAAUGCCUGACUAACUUACUGACCAACUAACUGAGUGACUAACUGAGUAACUGACCAAAUGAGUAACUGAGUGACUAAGUAACUGACUGACGAUUUAAUUGACUGACUGAGUAAUUGACUGACCAUUUAACUGAGUGUCAAAGUAACUGAAUGACUGACUAAAUAACUGAGUGACUAACUAAGUAACUGACCAAAUGAGCAACUGACUGACUAAGUAAUUGACUAACUGACUAAGUAAUUGACUAACUGACUGACUGACUGAGUCACUGACUGAAUGACUGACUGACAGUUUAAGUGACUGACUGAGUAAAUGAUUGACCAUCUAACUGUGUCUAAGUAACUGAAUAACUGGCUGAGUAACUAAAUGACCAACUAACUGAUCGACUAAGUAACUGACCAAGUAACUGACUGACUGUAUCAACUAUCUAACUGACUAACAGUCUGACUAAUUAAGUUCAUUCCAAACUGAAUGAGUAACUAAUUUACCAGAUAUCUGUCUAACUGACUGACUGAGUAACUGACCAUUUAACUGACCGACCGAUUAAAUGAAUAACCUGAGUGUAUUAUCAACUGCCUGAGCAGAGUGCAAUGGAGAGAUUGCCUUAACUCAGCUGUGAAUAUGGCACCAUGUCAGAAAUGUGAAACAUUUUACAGCCAGCUGUUCAUUUUCCAAUAUCUUACAUUUAUCAUCCAUUACUGUGGAUGCAGAAAUUAGCCUGUUGCUAAUCAGGGUCUAACAGCUGAACGCCUGAGACUAAUUAAACCCUGUUCCUGCUUAACAGCUGAUUCUGGAUCAGUUAGGCUGCGUACAGUUUGCGUAACACACUGAUCCUGGGUCAGUCAUAGAGCGGGGGGGAGUAACAGGAGCUCGGAGCCACAGCAACUGUGGAGGACUGACUGAGGGUGUGUGUGUGUGGGGUGGGGGGUGCGUCAAUGCAAGUAAUGUGGCAGGACGCAAAUCAGCACCACAUGACUUUAAAUACAAAUUUAACCAGAGCUCUGCUAUGAAAAGCCUCCAUGCUGCUGGAUGUUGUAACCGUAUUGUCUAACUCCGUGGGCGUUAAUCUUAUGACUUCCUCCAGCCUCCUUCCUUUCCAGCGAUGACUCUUUGUUGUCAGUUUAACACCAGAUCCUUCUCGGGGCUUCUACGAGAUCAAGAGUUACGCAACAGCCCCAAUCCAAAACAUUUCUGACGUGGCGUGUGAAGAUAUUUCCACAAAGUGAAGAAAAGAGAACCGAUUCAGAUUUCUGACAGCUGUUGGAGCACGUCACGGGCGAGAGCCGAGUCAGAGUCACGGCAGCUGGUACUCAAGGCACAGAUGCCUGACUUUCCAAACAGUCCCGGACGUCUGACACGUUCUCUAUACCACACAGACAGACAGAUCACGUGGUUUAAACAGAUGCAGUAUUGAGGACCUGGACCCUUGAAGUGACCUUAGUGAACUUUUUCAGGAAUCUUUAAAGUCUGGGAGCGUCACGCCCCAGAGUCCUCCACAUUCUCCACUGAAACAAAAGCUUCUUUUUUACUCUCCACAGCUAUCAAACAGAAAUAGGAGAGUUUUCCAUAACACUGACGUCACUCCUGGGUUGUCCUUGGGCUUCUCAGCAGCACAGGUUUCUUCAUGAUUAUCUAUUUUCAUCCCAGCAACACCAGUCACAUCAGAGACGAGCUCACUGGCUGAUCACUGGAGCUGAAAAGUCCACACCAUUUUGUGUGAAUUCACCUCACCUCAAAAUAAACCCUACUGCAUUCUGCAAGACUACGAAAACAUGACAUAACAUGUUCCCUUAUUUAUCCCUUAUUUUCUCAUGGAGGUUCUUCUCGCCACCAUUUCCUCUGGUUUGCUCAUCAGGCAUCCUUUAAAAUGUAAAAUUUUAUUAUUUAUAUUCUGACUUGAUAUCUUCCUGUAAAGCUGCUUUGCAUAAUGGUCCAUACAGAUCGAAUGGAUUCGAGUAACAUCAUUGUUUUUGCAAAGAUCUUUAAUCCUUCAAACUUUAUCCUGGUCAGGAUCGCACCAGAUCUGGAGCUAAUUCCAGGAACACUGUAGGAGGAAAACAGAAAACCCGGAUGAAACGCAUGUGGACUCUCGAGAUGUACUUUAUACACAAUCCACCGUAAGAUAAAGUUAGAAACUCUUGAAAGGUGACGACUAUAAAGAAAGUGGGCGGUGCUGCUGACCUGGGACAUAAAUAAAAAACACAUUACUGACUGUUGAAAAACUUCAUGAGGUCCUGAUUUUCCUCACACACAAACACACAUAUGUAACGUUCAUGAGAAUCUGGGCAAGUCCCUGCAGUGUAAGCGAUUUCUUUUCACUUAAUCGCAUCUGCGAUGAUAUAAUCUGCUAUAAAUAGGGUGCGAGUGCAGGGAAUCCCCAACCUUCAGUUUAUUUGAGCAUCAAACGGCACCGAGGUUCACAGCAUGCGGUUAUGGAGAUGCUUUUUCUCCAGAUUCUGUCAUAUUUCUGACCUGAAAUAUUCAGCUUUAUGCCCUGUUUGGACGGGAUUCAUUUAUCAUCGCUAACAGAUAUUCCUCUCGGAUCCAGACAGCAAUAAAAAGACCAGAUGAGGAGCGAGUUUCUAGCAGGUUGUAUUUUCUACAAACCCAGAUGUUUAUGAGGUGCAGGAGUUGAGAAGAGACACUGUUCUGGCUCAUACUUCAGUUAGAAAGACAAUAAAGCAGUGAUCAACAUUACACUCGCACCUCUCAGGAUCAGAGGAAGGGGAAACGAUGUGUACUCACACUCGGAAACCCGAGCAGUGAAGCAUAUUUUUUUCCCCCAAUGUUAAGAGAUAACAUCUGAUCAUCAGGACAUAUGAGUUUGGAGGAAAGAAACAAUCCAGCUUGUAAUUUCUGGCUGCGGGAAUUCCUGUGGUCAUUUAUUUUCACGUGAAUAUCAUUCCUUCAUCAACUUUGCACAGAACCACGACUCGCUCUAUUAAAGCCAGGCGCUUCGGAGAAAAUUCUGAAGAAAAUUCCUGAGCAGCGUUUUAAUUUCUCUGCACCACACUUUAAAGAGGUGACUCCCUUUUUCACGGUCAUAUGUAAGUGCUAUAUACGCUACAUGAACACAAGUACCGGGACACGCCUCUUAAUUAUUGACUUCAGGUGUAAAAAAAAAAUCUAACACCUAACUUAUGGAUCGUUCUGAAGAGCUCAGUGAAUUCAAGUGUGGUACUGUGAUAGGUUAGUGUGUGAGAUUUCGUCCCUGAUAGAUAUUCCACAGUGUUAUUGGAAAGUGCAGAAAUUUAGGAACAGUGCCAACUCAGCCAUGAAGAGGAAGAACAGGUAUAGUCAGAGAGCAGGAUCUGGGGUGCAUGCCCAAACAGUGGCAGUAUGAUGGGUCUGUCUGGGUUUGGUGGACACCUGGAGAAAUUUGGUGGAGGAGAGAUAAUGGUAUGGGGCUGUAUUUCAGGGCCUGGACUAAAUCCCUUAGUUCCAGUGAACACCAGAACAUUUUGGACAGUACUAUGCUUUCAGUGUACAAAGCAAGGUCCAUACAGACAGGGUGGAUGAGAUUGGCGUGGAAGAACUUGCCUGGCCUGCACAGAGCCCUGACCUCAAUCCCAAUGAACACCUUCAGGCUGAGACUGCAAGCCAGUCCUUCUUGUCCAUCACGGUGCCUGAUCUCGCAAAUGUCUAUUAGAUAAAUGAGCAAAAAUUCCCACAGAAACUCUCCAAGAUCUUGUGGAAAAAGGAGUGGAAACUGUUAUAGCUGCAAAGGGGGAACCACAUGUACAUCCUGACAGUGAUGCAGGUCUGUUAGAGACCAAAGAAAUCCACAGAGCUGUUUCAGACCUCAGCACACUGAGAGGAUUUACACAUGCAGACUGCACUGCUAUUAGCUUUCAUUACUCUUAGUCUCAUUAGUGUGUGUUACAAAUAAUACACACCGAGCAUGCAUUAUAUCCAACAGCUGUAUCUGAAGGAGAAGAGAAUUCAUUAUCUUUCCUUUCCUUUCCUUUCCUUUCCUUUCCUUUCCUUUCCUUCAAUCCUUUCUUCCUUCAAUCCUUUCUUUCCUCCAUCCUCUCCUUACUUCUGUCCUUCUUUCCUCCCUUCCUUUCUCUCCUCCUUCCUUCCUUCCUUCCUUCCUUCCAGAAUAUGACUUCACUCACAUAUAGUGUGUGUGUGUGUGUCUGUGUCUGUGAUAUGACUAGAUCUGUCCGUCAUCAUUAAUUCAGGCUGAACAGAAAGCUCCUGAACUGCAGGAAAUGAUAAAAGCAGGUAAAUAUUAAUUAAACAUGUAACUAAUUACACUUUUAUCAUUUUUCCCCUGAGACUCUUCUGGCUGUAAU